AUGAACCUCGUCCUCUCCAGGGACAGCCAGGUGAAGGCCAUGGAGACCACGGUGACCAAUGCCGACAAGUACUUGGGGCAGCUCUGCACACUUCUGGCCGCCUACACGCGCAAGACAGCACGCCUGCGUGACAAGGCUGACCAGUUGGUCAGGUGGCUCUUCAACUUUGCCAAUACCGAGAGCCCUGAGCUGCGGGCCACCCUGAGGGACUUCGCCGAGGACCUGGCCAAGGUGCAGGACUACCGGCAGGCCCAGGUGGAGAGGCUGGAGAACAAGGUGGUUGACCCGCUGAAGCUCUACGGGACACAGAUAAAGCAGACCCGGGCUGAGAUUAAGAAAUUCCAACACGUCCGGAAGCAUGAGAUCAAACAACUGGAAAAGCUGGAGAAGCUGAGGCAAAGGGCGCCCUCGGAUCGGCAGACGAUUUCACAGGCUGAGAGCCGCGUGCAGAGAGCCUCAGGAGAUGCCAGCCGCACCACCCAGCAGCUGCAAGAGACAGUGGAUGGCUUCCAGAGGCAGAAGCUGCGGGACCUGCAGAAAAUGUUCCUGGACUUUGUCACUAUAGAGAUGGUCUUCCACGCCAAGGCGGUGGAGGUGUAUUCCAGUGCCUUCCAGACCCUGGAGAACUACGACCUGGAACGGGACCUAGAGGAUUUCAGAACCAAGAUGCAUGGAUUGUAUGGGCAUUCUGAUGCCCGGCAGCUCCCUGGCACCACUCCCUGGCCAUCCGUCCCGUGGGCACUGGCCAGUCAGAGCGCUCAGGACACAGAGAGCCAGCAGAGAGAGCAGGAGGAGGGCAGCGAGGCCGGCUCCACCGAGGACCCUGUGGAAGAUCUCAGGGGUCAGGGGCGUCCCAGCUAG